AUGGUGAUUUUCGUGGUCUUGUUGCUGGCACUGUUUCCUUAUAGCAUACGUCAGGCUCAUAAGGCGAUAUGCAACCUCCAAGAUCCACACCACCCACUACACGUGUAUUAUCAGCCAGGAGAUUUCAUCAUCGGUGGCAUUAUUUCCCAUGGUGCCUUCUUAUCCACUUCUGCAACAUUCAUGGUGGAACCUCCACCAGAACUGCCUGAAGAGCUUGUGGUGGUGCCUAAGGGUUACCAGCACAUCCUGGCGUUGGCAUUUGCAGUCAAGGAGAUCAAUGAAUGCCCCCACAUUUUACCCAAUAUCACCUUGGGCUUCCACAUCUAUGACAGCUAUACCAAUGCAAUGAAGACGUAUCUUGCCACACUAAUACUUUUAUCCAAACUGGAGAAAUGUGUCCCCAACUAUAUAUGUAAUAUUGAAAAUAAUCUGACAGGAGUUAUUGGGGGAGUCGACUCUGAAAUCUCCUUUUAUGUGGCAACAAUUUUGGAUGUGUAUAAGAUUCCACAGCUCAUUUAUGGCUCUGCUCCAGUGAUGAAUGAUAAAAGCCCGGGGCUUCCCUUCUACCAAAUGGCACCCCAGGAAGCCCUUCAGUAUGAGGCAAUUCUCUCUUUGCUUCUGCAUUUCAGGUGGACGUGGAUUGGAGUUGUUGCAAUGGACAAUGACAAUGGAGAAAAAAUUGUCCGUACUGUAGUUCCUCUGUUUUCAAAAAAUGGCAUCUGUUUUGCUUUCAUAGAAAGAAUUCGCAAUUUUAGUUUUAUCACUGAAUUUAAUGGCUUGCUACAACAGGGGGCAAAAAUACAUGAUAAAAUAAUGAGCAGCAAAGCUAAUGUAGUGGUUGUCUAUGGGGAACCUUACUCCAUGACAACUUUUAGAUGGCUUCCAUACCUAUCAGAACAUAAUGACAUGACAAACAAUGCAAAAGGUAAAGUAUGGAUAUCAACAACUCAGAUUGAAUUCACUUCAAAUGUCUAUCAAAGAAACUGGGAUUCAGGAAUAUUCAAUGGUACUAUAGCCUUUGAAAUUCACUUCAGUGACCCACCAGGAUUUCAUCAAUAUGUUGAGCACAGAAACCCUUCCAACACAGAUGGGGAUGGUUUUAUCAGGGACUUCUGGCAACAGGCUUUUGAUUGUGUAUUCCCAAAUAUCACAGCAGACAAGGUGGAGGGGAACAUUUGCACAGGGGAGGAGAAGCUGGAGAACCUUCCUGGAUCAUUUUUUGAAAUGAGCAUGACAGGCUACAGUUACAGUAUCCACAGUGCUGUCUAUGCCAUGGCCCAUGCUUUGCAUGCUAUGUCCACAUUCAGACUCAGACACAGAGCAAUGGCAUAUGGAAGGAGAGUGAAGAAUCAGAAUCGACUGUUUUGGCAGCUCCACCACUUUCUGAGAAGUAUCUCAUUUAACAACACUGCCGGAGAUGUGGUCACCUUCAACCAGAAUGGGGAGAUAGCAUCUAGCUUAGAUAUUAUCAAUUGGAUUAUAUUACCCAACCAAUCCUUUAAUAGAGUAAGGAUUGGAAGGAUGGAUCCCGAAGCUCCUCCAGAUCAAGUGUUCACCAUUGAUAAAGAGGUGAUAACUUGGCACAGCUGGUUUAACAAGGUUCAGCCUCUUUCUGCCUGUACUGAAAGUUGCCAACCAGGAUCUAGCAAGAAAGUGAAAGAAGGGAAACCAUUUUGCUGCUAUGAUUGCAUCCCAUGUCCAGAGGGGGAGAUUUCAAAUCAGGAAGAUAUGAAUGAUUGUUUUAAAUGCUCAGAUGAAAACUAUCCAAGCAGGGAACAUGAUACAUGUUUUCCCAAGGGCAUCACCUUCUUGUCUUAUGAAGAACCUUUAGGCAUCUGCUUGGCCUCCUUUGCUAUUUCCUUUGCUUUCAUCACAGCUCUGGUACUGGGAACAUUUCUGAAGAACCACAAGACUCCCAUUGUCAAAGCCAACAACCGGAAUCUCACUUAUACUCUGCUCAUCACCCUCUUGCUCUGCUUUCUUUCUGCUUUAUUGUUCAUUGGCCAGCCUAAGAAGAUGACCUGUUUCCUCCGACAAACUGCUUUUGGCAUCAUCUUUUCAGUGGCUGUUUCCUGUGUGCUGGCGAAAACCGUCACUGUGAUUCUGGCUUUCAUGGCCACGAAACCAGGAUCAAAGAUGAGAAAGUGUGUGGGGAAAAGUCUGGCCACCACCAUUGUCAUUUCCUGCUCCCUUCUUCAAGCAGGCAUUUGUACUGUGUGGUUGGCAAUCUCUCCCCCAUUCCCAGAUGCUGACAAGCACUCAGUGGCUAAAGAAAUAAUACUAGAAUGUAACGAAGGGGCUGUGGUUAUGUUUUACUGUGUCCUUAGCUACAUGGGCCUCCUAGCAAUUAUUAGUUUCACUGUGGCUUUCCUUGCCAGGAAAUUACCAGACAUUUUCAAUGAAGCCAAGUUCAUCACUUUCAGCAUGCUGGUCUUUUGCAGUGUUUGGGUAUCUUUUGUUCCAACCUACCUUAGUACCAAGGGGAAAUACAUGGUCGCUGUGGAGAUCUUUUCUAUCUUAGCCUCCAGUGCUGGUUUAUUCGGUUGCAUCUUUUCCCCCAAAUGUUACAUCAUUUUGUUGAGAUCUGAGCUGAAUAAUAGGGAUUACCUAAAAACUUUAAGAAUGUGA